CAGCGGACGCGUCGGCUUGUUUGUGCACGGAACGACAAAGAAAGGGACCGGCGAAAGCGUGGUCAUGUCGGCUCCCCGUGUAAAACGCCCCUCCGGGGCUGCGUUUUGUCGUCUGCUUCUAGUUCUGUAUCAGGUAGGCCGACACACGGCCGAGGGAGUGUGGCCUUUACCGCAAACUCGGACCACUUCCGCAGAGCGGUAUCCACUGAAAGCGUCGGGGUUCAACUUUCACUAUGCAAGGCAAUGCUCUGUGCUGGACGCGGCGUUCGGACGGUAUUUCUCCACCAUCUUCCCGGAUUACGCCUCAGAUAAUGCCGUUCUCCCUGUGAACAAGGAGGAGUCCUUUUCUUUGGUUGUGAAAUUGGACCAAGAAGACUGCGAGAGCUACCCGAACGCAGACUCCUCCGAAAGAUACAAGCUGAGUGUGUCUGCAAGGCAAGCAGCUCUGGAUGCGGAGACGGUGUGGGGUGCACUACGAGGCUUAGAAACAUUCAGUCAGCUGGUGUAUCAAGAUGACUUUGGCACAUUUUUCAUAAACAAGACAGAAAUAGAGGACUUCCCUCGGUUCCAAUUCAGAGGAAUUUUACUUGACACCUCACGUCACUAUUUACCUUUGCAGACUAUUCUAAAGACGCUGGAUGCGAUGUCUUACAAUAAAUUCAACGUAUUUCACUGGCAUAUUGUAGAUGACCCCUCAUUCCCAUAUCAGAGCCGCACCUUUCCAGAAAUUAGCAAGAAGGGGGCUUUUCACCCGAUGACUCACAUCUACACACAGUCAGAUGUGAGGAGAGUGAUUUCACACGCAAGGCUACGGGGAAUUAGAGUCGUGCCUGAGUUUGAUUCACCUGGCCACACACAAUCAUGGGGAAAAGGGCAGUCUGACUUGUUGACGCCUUGCUACAGAGGCAGCACCCCAUCAGGUACUUUUGGUCCUGUUAACCCAGCCUCGGCCUCCAGCUACCGGUUCAUGGCACAACUUUUUAAGGAAGUGGCCUCGGUGUUCCCUGAUCCCUAUAUUCAUUUAGGAGGGGAUGAGGUCGACUUCUCCUGCUGGAAGUCGAACCCUGAUGUCCGAGGAUUCAUGCGAAAGAUGGGAUUUGGAAGUGAUUACACUAAACUGGAAUCGUACUACAUGGAGACCAUUGUGAACAUAACAUCAGCUCUCAAUAAGACAUCCGUUGUGUGGCAAGAUGUGUUUGACUACCAUGAACAUAUUCCCAAGGAUACAGUGCUGCACAUCUGGAAGGGCCUCCCUGCUGAAUACAAGAAGGAGCUCGGCAGGAUCACCGAAGCAGGCCACCGGGUCCUGCUGGCUGCACCUUGGUACAUCAACCACAUUGCCUACGGCCAGGACUGGCGCCACUCCUACACUGUGCAGCCGCAGAACUUCUCAGGUACAGAAGAGCAGAAGAAGCUGGUGAUCGGGGGUGAAGUCUGCAUGUGGGGGGAGUAUGUCGACGCCACCAACCUGUCUCCACGUCUUUGGCCCAGGGCGAGCGCCGCGGCGGAGAGGCUUUGGAGCGACGAGCUGCAGACCUCCAGCGUGGAGCAGGCACGUCCUCGUUUGCAGAAUUUCCGCUGCACGCUGCUGAGGCGCGGCAUCCGGGCCGAGCCUCUUGUUGUCGGCCAUUGCCGACACGAGUACCAGGGCGUCUGAAGACCUUUCCUGGAAUAGCGCUACGAGCUUCUUCCAAGAUUAUUCAAGCUAAUGAAAAUCAACGUGGCCUUCUCAAACAAAUCCUUCAGCCGGGUUUGACACUCGCCUCAGUCCUCAGGGGUCUUUCUGUUUUUCUGCGGGACAGUUUAACUGGUCUUUAAAAAUCUCAUCACUUGUCUUGAAAAGAUCUGAUCACACUGAAAUAUGUCUUCUCGGGGAUACUAAGUGGGGAAAAAAAGACGUAUUAUUGCAAUGGCUACUUUGUAUGUAACAUUAAAUCCAAUUUAGUAAUGGCAACAGUUACUGUGAUCGGUGUAAGAAAUGCAGAAUGUGCCGCUACGCUGCUAAUAAGUAACCGCCAAAAUGUGGCGAUUUAGAUUCACUUCUGUACUGUGGUUACUUGAUAUUAUGUGGUUGUGUGAUAACAUGUCACAUGUUCUGGUGUGUGAAUAAACACUUUUUC